AACACCCCCCGGGCCCCUCCCCGGUGUCGCCUCGGGGGAAAAUGUGCAUGUCCUUCAGCGUGUCAACCGCCUCGCCGCCUCCGCCGCCGCCGCCGGAGUUGAGGCGUUUAUAGGAAACUGGGUCAAGUCAAAUCAAGGUGAACGGCGGCUUGUGCUGCAGUCGGACAAUGCGGAGUGCAUGCUCCCGGAGCUGAGAGGACUUCUGUGGACACUCCUGCCGUUUUUUUCUUCCUGGCUCUGCAGGUCUGAAUAGGACAACACUAUGACAGGUGACACGGUGGUCUGGAGGGGCAUGACCUGGAUGAGGCAGGCGGCCAGCCGAGCCACACCGGGCGGCCUGCCCGGCACCGGGAGCCAGAGGCUGGUAAACUUCCGUCACGCCGCCGGAUCAGCGAGGGAGACAUUCAACAAACAGCAGGAAGUCUGCAUCCACAGAGCCCCAGCAACAACGCUUCACAAAUAUUCAACUAUGGGAGCUGGUUUUAGCACCUGUUUCGUUGGAAGCUUAAGUGGUGGACAGGGGAUCUGCAGUGGCAGAUCAAGCUCUAAACACCUGAAAUGCGACAGGGACUGGUCAAGUCAGCUGUUCUCUGGACAGGCAAGGUUAUUUAAUCAGGACAACUCCACGGUGGGGCGGCUGACAUCGGAGGACAUCGAUAAAGCAAGAAACGCCAAGAAAACAGACAUCAAGCAACAUAAGCAAGUGCUCAGUGAAAGGGCCAGAGAGAGGAAGGUGCCAGUCACACGGAUAGGAAGGCUGGUGAAUUUUGGAGGUCUGGCUGUUGGACUUGGCAUUGGGGCAAUCGCUGAAGUGGCUAAGAAGAGUUUAAAACCCCAACAGCAAGGUGAUAAGAAAUCCAUACUGGAUUCAAGUGCCUUCCUCUCUGAAGCCAACGCUGAAAGAAUCGUCCGGACGCUCUGCAAAGUCCGAGGUGCUGCUCUAAAACUGGGACAGAUGCUCAGUAUUCAAGACGAUGCUUUUAUCAACCCUCAGCUGGCCAAGAUUUUCGAGCGUGUUCGACAGAGUGCUGACUUCAUGCCCACUAAACAGAUGAUGAAAGCCAUCGGCAGUGACCUCGGCCCAAACUGGAGAGACCAACUGGUGUACUUUGAGGAGAAGCCGUUCGCGGCUGCAUCUAUCGGUCAGGUGCAUUUAGCGAGGCUGAAGGACGGCAGAGAGGUAGCCAUGAAGAUUCAGUACCCUGGAGUUGCCAGGAGUAUCGACAGUGACGUGAAUAAUAUCAUGACUGCUCUGAGUUUAAGCAACGCGCUGCCUGAAGGUCUGUUUCCUGAGCACCUUAUUGAGGUCAUGAGCCGUGAACUGGCGCUGGAGUGUGAUUACAUAAGAGAGGCAAAAUGUGCCAAAAAAUUCCAAGAGCUGUUGAAGGAUCACCCGUUCUUCUAUGUGCCUGACGUGAUUGACGAACUGAGCAGCCAGCAUGUCCUCACCACGACGCUGGUGCCUGGUUUCCCUCUGGACCAGGCCACUGACCUCUCUCAGGAACUCAGGAAUGAGAUUUGUGAACAAAUCCUGAUUUUAUGCCUGAGGGAGGUUUUUGAGUUCAGAUACAUGCAGACCGAUCCAAACUGGUCCAACUUCUUCUUUGAUCCACAAGCUCACAAGGUCGCAUUGUUGGAUUUUGGAGCUACACGAGGAUUUGAUAAGAGCUUCACUGACACCUACAUUGAGAUUAUUAAGGCAGCUGCAAAUCAAAACCGAGAAGGCGUCCUGCAGAGAUCCAGAGACAUGAAGUUCCUCACAGGAUACGAGUCAAAGGUGAUGGAGAACGCCCACGUGGACGCAGUGAUGAUCCUCGGGGAGGCCUUCUCCUCCAAGGAGCCCUUUGACUUUGGAGCUCAGAGCACCACCGAGCGCAUCCACAGCCUCAUCCCCGUGAUGCUGAGGGAGCGACUGACGCCGCCCCCCGAGGAAACCUACUCCCUGCACAGAAAGAUGGGCGGCUCCUUCCUCAUCUGCUCCAAACUCAAAGCUAAAAUACCCUGCAAGAACAUGUUCCAGGAAACCUACAACAACUACUGGAAAGAUGGACGCCCCGAGUAAACACGCUAGCUGAAGACUGACUUUCCAGAAAGCGGGCUCCACCCGGGCGUUUCUAGUGUCAAUGUGGUAUGUUGAACAAUUUAACUCUCACAUUCUCACCUGUGAAGAUAUUUUCAGGUAGCCUGGGCCAGAUAAUGUCCAGAAGCUACCUGGUUUUGUGGGGUUUUUUUUUACUUGUUGUAUACUCUACUGCGUCAUCAAGUAAACUGAUGUGAGCAUGUGAAAAACCAAGAAAAGACAGACUAUCAGAUUAAUGUCUACGUGUUAAGAACAAUCUCAUAUAUGUGUGCGUCAUAUUCCAUUUCUCAUUUCGACCAGGACUUCCAUCCACAUCAACGCCACAUAAAAUGUGUGAAGAUGAUUUGUACGUAUUGCUUGAAUGACUUUGUUGUGCGUACUGUACAACCUAGUAACUCUGUUCCCGUAUGGUUUUGAGGAACUGUACUCCCUCUGACCGGGAUUGUCAGUUGAAAUAAAUUGACACUGAUGUUGCAAAAACAAACGAGGAUCAGAGAUACAUACGUUUCUGAGAAAAGCAGAUAAAACCUGGAUCGGCCGAAAGGCUCCAAAAAUACUUCAAGACGAAUCAAAUAUGGGAGAAAAUAUUUACAUUAAAGGUUAAAAAAAAAGAGAGAGAAAAACUUUUUUGAAAGAUUAAAAUGUGCCAUUAAUAAUCAGAACACUGGAGAAACAAGCAAUUAAUGGAUGACAGUGUUGCCUAUACUAUUAUCAACCUGUUUAAUAAGUCGUACUAGACGAGACAUGUUCAGUACUUGUUACACAGUUCAGAUUUGUACAAAAAAAGGAAAAAGAGGUCCUUUAAACAGUGUUGUAUCAGGGCUACCAGGGAUAAAAAUCUGACAUUCUGGUUGGUUUUUCAACUUUGGAAGCGUUGGCCAUUUAAAAAAAAAAAAAAAAAAAAAUUUUUACCAAUUAAUUUCAUCGAAAGCUCAAAGCGCUAAGGUUUUGAAUAUAUACAGGAGAGUAGCUCUACUCCAGAGAACAAAACAUGGAAGCAUAUUCAACACUUGGAGUCAGGAAGCGGUGUAUUAGUUACCAGCUGGCAACUGGUACGUACCUGCUCUCACAACAGUCUUACAAUAAAAACAUUUUCAAUGAUUCACGUGAACAGUGUCACAAACUCGUAAACUUUAAGAGCGUUUAGCUGCAGCAUUAGCCGCUGAGAAAGGAGGUUCCCCAACCAGCGCUCGAGGAACCCCCUGCCUCAGUUCUUGCCGUCACCGGCCUGUCUCCACGGUCAUCUUACAGUCCUGGUGCCUACCCCACCGGCACCGGGACGCUCCGCUUGGAUUGUGAUGCGUGAGAAACCAGACUCAGAGUGCAGGAGCUUGUGUUGCCUUCACGAGGACGACCUGCGGGUCAGCAUCUUCCUCCGAGGACACAAACACAGACAUUUUCUUUAGGUAAUGUUUUACAAUAUUCUCUGACAUAUAACAUCAGUACUACAACAACCCGUCUUGCCCCCUGUAUUUACUCGACACAGACAGCACAAACAGGAGCACUUCUGGUGUCCCCCUACAACCGCUGGUGCUCCUGGUGUGGAAGAGACACCAGCGCCCUCAUCCAUUUGUGUGUCAAGAUCUGACCAUAUUUUAAAAUGUAUGUAUACUUAAAUACAGGUCAUUCCAAUGGGUUCACGUACUUUUUCUUGCCACUUUAAGUAAAAGUACCGAUACCACUCGGUAAAAAUACUCCCAUUACGAGUUAAAGUCCUGCAUCCAGAAUAUCCCCUAAGUAAAAGUACAUAUGUAUUAUCAGGAAAACGAAGUAUAGAAAGUAAAAGUAAAGUCGUAUAGUUAAUAUAUACUAUAUAUUCUAUCUCUAGAUUAUAUUACUCAUGUUUUAAUGUUGAAGUAGAAUUUUCUUCUUGUUGUUGGUUGAGGUGGAGCUCAUUUUUAACUAAUGAUUGUUUAUUAUGAUGGAUUGAUCUGCUGUUUAUUUUCAUGAUUAAUCUAUUGAUUAAUUUAUUGUUUUUUUUCUAAGAUUGGUCACAAGUAGGGAGAAACGCCCUUUGCAAUUACCCAGACCUAAAAAUGACACCUUCAAAUUGCUUGUUUUUGUCCGACCAACAGUCCAGAUCUCAAAAUUAUUUAGUUUACUGUAAUUUGAGACAAGGAAAAGCAGAAAAAUCAUCACGUUUGAGAUGCUGAAACCAUGAAAUCUGCCAGAGAUAUUAAAUGUAUUGAUUUAAAUUCCUUUCGCAGACUGUUUCCAGUGGCUGGAGCAGAAAACAUGAAGGCUUUCUCCCUCCGCUCCGUCAGUAUAUUAGAAGACAUGUCUUGUGAUGAUCCUCUGCAGAGACAUUAAACUUAAACAUCAUCUACACUCAGACUGUGUGGAGUACAGAUAAGCAGUAUUGAUUUUGCCUUUACCCGCCCCCAGGUGGACAGAGGGUAAAGAGCGAGUCAUGUUGGGGCUCCACAUGUGCAAACUGUGAACCCCCACGACUCCUCUGACUGACAGCAGCAACUCUCUCGCAGCGUUGAAGUUAACGUCCUGACGAGUGCCUGCAGAAGACAGACAACACACCCACCGCCAAUUCCAUAGACUCUAUACUUUAAAAAGUAGAACAUUAUCGUGUCAAGACGAGCAUAGAAAAGUGCGUUUACCCUGCAUCAAUAUCCUGAAAACAUCCUUCGUGAGUUGAACUGUUGUCCAAAGAACAAGAACCGAGAACAGGAACGUACAAAUUGGAUCUGCCACUUUAUAUUCAGGCUGUGAGGAAUGCAGAAAUAAUAUUUAAAGCAAAUGAUAAACCAAAGAAUAAAGCUAGAGCGUUUACUGGAGUCUGCGGCUGAUACUGAUACAUGCUGAUACUGUACUCCAACUAAAUAUAGCCGUGUACGUAAGUAUUUGGACAGUGACACAAUUUUCGUAAUUGUAUAAUAGAUAGGGACUAUGUAUAAAAACGGCUGCAAUUCCUGAACGGUUGAUGUGAUAUUUUUGUUAAGCCCCUGGAACUAAAGCAAAAGGUCUACACUUACACCACAUCUGGAUUCGUUCGUUUCAGAUACACUGCGGCGGUUAAAUUACGAAAAUUGUGCCACUGUCCAAAAACUCCUGUACCCAACCGUAUAUUCAUUUUGCUCCCGUUUCACUCGUACUGUUCAGCUGUCUGUGUCUCUGGCCACCAAAUUUGUCAAAAUAAGUUGGCUGUAACCGGUUUCAUGGAAUUAGAGGCCUUUAAAGUAUAUUCUCAUCUCUGUAUUGCCAAUUUGUCUUCCUAUAACUGAGUCUUUAAAUGAUACAGUUAGUGUUAUUCUACAUUCUUCGUCUUCUUUUGUCUCCCAUUAAAAGGCCGAAACAAACCUUGUGUUAGUGUGUCUCUCAACACUUUCUCACUUCCCCACCCUGUCUGUGGCAGCCCUUUUGUUC